AUGGCACAAGAAAAACCGACACUCAAAGGCAUUGAAAAGAGCCGACUCAAUGAAAAAACUGUGAGAGAAGCGGCAGCAGCCCUGCUAGCUUUCCACAAGAAGAGAAAUGACCAAGCAUCGCAGACGGUCCUCCUGAAUGAAUUCAGUCAGAUCAAGCUUGUCAUAUCCCUCUGGAAGAUUGCCGGCAAGAAGGCCAAGACUUAUCGGAUAGAUAUUCCUCAUCCAUUGAGAACACCAGAGACCGAGGUUUGCUUGUUCACCAAGGAUGACGACAAACUCGACACUGAAGCUACAGCAAGACACUACCAAGAACUUCUACAAAGCAAAGGUGUCACAGAGGUCAAUGAGAUCAUGCCCCUGCAAGUACUGAAGAAGGAGUACAAGGAAUUUGAGUCCCGAAGACAACUAGCAAAGCGUUAUGACAUCUUCCUAGCUGAUGAGCGAGUCUUCAGACUGAUGCAUGUCCAUCUGGGCAAAGAAUUCUACCGAAGGAAAAAGUACCCCAUCACCGUGGACAUCAAGAAAGGGGAUUUGAAGUCAGAAAUUCUGAAAGCCAUCAACGCGACGUACUUCAUCAACACAAAUCGUGGUAACACAAAUCACCUAACAGCUGCUCACACCGGUAUGACCAUAGACCAAGUAACAGAGAACAUCAUGGCGGCCGUGCAAGGCGUGACGGCCAGUAUCCCCUAUGGCUGGUACAACAUCAAGUCUCUGUAUGUCCGCACCGAUGAGUCUGUCUCACUGACAUUGCACACAUCAUUGGUGUUCAAAGGAUGGGAUACGAAUACCGAUGUAAACCACAGGGAUAUCUGGAGAUUGAAAAAGCAACUAGAAGUGACCGGGGAUAAAGCAUUGCAAGCCAAACCGAGAAUCUCGCCCGAAGAAGACGCCAAAGCGAAGAGGUUCAGCAAACGUUCCAAGAAGAAUCCAGCCACGAAAGAAGCGGCCAAGAAAUCUCAAAGCUCGGAGGAUGCAGGAGGUCAGAAGAAAGCGACAAAACGAAAAGCUGCAUCAGAAGAAGAGGUUGAUGAUCUUAAAGAUCUUGUGAAGAAACCAGCGAGAAUGCUUGUCAAAGAAAAACCUAAAGUGGGCACAUCCUUGAGGAAAGCCCAGAUGGCCAGAAAAGCAAAACCAGGGAAAGUAACGCCCAAGAGCCUGUCAGCUAAGAAGACAAAAGGAAAGUAGGUUGAAGAAACUGUUGGAUUAGGCCACAUCUGUUGGCAGCAACAACUGUUUUUCCCUUCUUUUGACAUUCUGUCAUUUUCAACUGUUUUUUUUUAUGCAAAAAAAGAACAGAGAAAGAAUUCACAUGCCCAAGAUUCACGAUUGUAUAUCAUUUAAUUAGUCAAUUCAUUCAUUUGUUUUCUAUAUCUUUGGCCAAAAAAAAUAGUUCUGCUGCCGAUUACAUGGCAUUUGAAAAUUAUGGCAUUUGAAAAUUACAUGGCAUUAUAUUACAUGGCCGAUUACAUGGCAUUUGAAAAUGGGAUACAAUGUAGAUAGGUAGGGAUUUUUUUUGGGCUAUUUUUCUGUGUACGAUCAUAUGGAGGCAUGUGCAUGUAGUCAAGGGUAAAAGGUAGUAAUUUAUGGUUUGGGUGUUUUUUUUCCCCCUAAUUUUUUCCCAAAAUGAGGGUAGGGGCUGUCAGAAUAGGGUAGGUUGGGAAACCGUAAGCAGAACUGGGUUUUUUUUUGGCCUUUCAGUUAUCAAAAUUCUCUUUUUUUUCUGUAAGAAAGUCAACGAUAAUCUAUCAGGCAAAGUUACUUUAUAAGCAAAAUUGUGUUGGACAGGAAACACCGGUUUCAAACCUGAACCAAUUAAUUAUACAAAUGUAAUUUACAUAUUGUAAUAUUAGAAUAUCUGGAUGAAUAAAAACAUGAGGGUCAAAAUCAUCAA